AGAGAUGGGGUUUUGCCAUGUUACCCAGGCUGAUCUCGAACUCCUGGGUUCAAGCAGUCCACCUGCCUUGGCCUCCCAAAGUUGUGGGAUUACAGGUGUGACCCACCCCACCUGGCUGAUGCUAUCCCUUUUUAAGACUGGGCACCAACAUGGUCCUGGGCGAGCAGCUGGCCUGGCCUCCACAGGAGGUGGCUGUGAAGCAGCAGAAGACCAGAUGCCCAGGGGGAAGGGCCCUGUAGAGCAUGGGCAGUCAGCCCCUAGGGAAAGGCUGGCCAUGCCCACGACCUUCGAGGCAUCUCUAGCACCUGCAACCUCUGAGGAAAAGCAGCUGCCACCACCUGACCCCGCUGGCCCCAGGGGCAGGGCAGCAGCUUCCUGUGAGAAAGAGUACAGCCUUCGUGCAAAAUCCACAUUUACCAAAGAUGGCUUAAAGAUGGGCCAAAAAUAUGCUUGUGCCUUUUUUUCUUUUCUGAAAUAGUUUUUUAAAAAGCCUAGGAAACCACAUGCCUUGCCGUCUCGGUUGUUUCUGUGCCAGCUUCCAGCACAAAUGGGACUUAGAAAAUUUCCAGGCUGUUGGCCAUCCGUUCUCAUAGCCUGGUGUUUUCUUGAUACUUGGAGAAUUCUGUUCUCAUGCAAGCAUCUGUUUGGGGAGGAAAUGCGUCCGCUCAGCCGGAGCCUGGGGCCCUUGCAGCUUUUAGCAGGGCAGCUGCCAGGCCAGGCUCUGCUCCUGACUUGUGAGUUGGGCUUGUUGAUGGCCCUUUCUUAGAGGGACUUGAGGUAGCUCCAUGAAGACCUCUAAUACAGAGCGCCAUAAAACUGGACUAAAAAGAGGGAGAGAGCAAGGGAAGGAGGAAACACAGCUGGGCCCGCCGUGAGGAGCAGUGGCACAGGAGGGAAGUGAUCAUCAUUCGCCCGAAAGAGAGGCACUCGAGCGCCUCUGGGAGACGGGCUUGGCGCAGGCAGGGGCCCAAAGGAAGCCUCAUGUGGGCACUACACUUAAGACACCGACUAACCCAGGAGAGGUGCCCCCAGCAACCGCCGCUCCCCAGCACGUGUCAGGCGGACUGGGGCCAGGAACUGGACUCCCCACAGGGCCCUGUGGCCAGUCUCUGACCAUGGCUUGACAUUCCUGUUCCAGAAAGAACAGUAGUACUAAGAAGCAGGUGCAUAACCUCUAACUACAUUAACACCCAGGGUGCUUUUACCUGUGGCUUUAGAUUGGGUCCCUAGAAGCAGGGCCUGAGCCGGGGAUUCUUGUGCCAGUGACACCGAGAGGGAUGCUCCCAGCAGGAACCUUCCGGGAGGCGAGGGAAGCCCCUGGACCAACAGAGGCCCAGCAAAGAGGUGGGCUCAGCUGAAGUCGCUUCUCAGCCUGGUGCUUCAGGAGCUGCGAAGUGUGACGAGCACGUGGGACUUGAUCCUGCCCAAGGCGAGGGGCAGCUCCUGUCCCUGCACCUGUCGGUCAUUGGCUGGAGGUGACCCUAAAGGGAAAGGGUAACCUCCUUCCUAUCCUAGGUCUCCCAGCCCAGAAUAGUUCCGGAAGGGGCAGCCAUGAACUGUCAGAGGCAACACUCACAGCAGUGGAGAGUGGGCACUGCCGUGGGUUUGGGACUCCAGGCGGGACACCAGCAGCCUGGCUUUCCUCUUAGGAUCCUUGCAGUGGCCCUUGCCUGGCCAGAGACAGCAGUUCUGCUUCCCAGGAGAGGAAACGGGAAGUGAGGCCACUUGGUCAGUGGAGGAACUCAGUGCCUCCAACUGCAGAAUCUAGUUCCCCACUCUCCUCUCUGGAACCCUCCAGGUUCUGGGGAGAGCCAGGGCCCAGGGGUGAGAAUGCCCCAGCCUCCCUUGGAGGAGGCAACCAGGACAAAGGGGAGUGGUCACUGUCUGCUCCCAGACACAUCACCUGACCAGCCAGCUUUGUCUUUGUCACCGGAUGCCCACUCCUGCAUGUGGGGUGUAGUUCAUGAGUUCUAGGGACUCCCAGGCCCCAGGCAGCAGUCCCUAGAGCAAUCCUGGGGCUGUUUCCCCCUCCACUCCCCAGACCUUGCCCUUCGCAACCCAGAGUGGGUUCUCGGUCACUACUGAUAAAACAUGUGGUUUGGUUCAGCUCGGGAGAUGUUUCUGGAGUCUCUACUACAUGUUCACCCUCCUGGCCCAGGAACAGCAGCACCUGGCAGAGGGAAUGAACUUGUUGGGCUGAGGCUGGGCAGAGUGAGUGGCGGUCUGCCUGGCAGCAGUACAGAGCUGAUAUGUUGAGUCAGUGAGUUUGCUGAGGCGGAACUGGAUUUCAGCUUGGACCUAGAAGGCAAGGACCAGGCCACCUUCGUCUGUGUCCCCGUGCCCAGCCAGGGACCUCCCACUCAGGAGAAAGUAUAGGAAUAAAUAUCUGCACAGAAGAGCCCUGCAGGAGAAGGGUCAUUGCUCCUAGCUGGGAAGCCCCGGGGAGGCCGGCUGGGGCGGGCUGAGCAGGAAACCUCGGCCGGGGCCGGUGGGAAUGGCCAAGGAAUGGCCAGGGCCUCUGUCGUGGCUAGAGCUGAGGUCUAGGGGGUCUGAUGGAAAAGGCAGGGCCUCCAUCCCAAAGCUGCCUCUCUGGCAGGCUGCUGUGGUCUGCCUUUUGCAGACUCUAGGAGUAGGUCUUGAUCCAUGUCCCUGGCCACUAGCCUGAGGCCAUGUGGACAGUUUCCCCUGAGCUUUUUUACCUGGGCCAGUCUGUGCCAGAGUAGGUGGCCCAGCCUAGGGCUGGGGCUGGAUGUCAAGAGAGCAGAAGUCGGCGGGCUGGGGGACAGUUGGUCCUGGAGCAGCAGUUUCACCUUGGAAUAAUGUGUUCAUACGGCACUUUGAACUUAGCCAUUUUGCAGCUUUUUGCAGACAUUUUUGAGGGCACGCAGGCCUCCAGGCUUCCAACUUGCCUAUGCAGUGUUCUUCCAUGGGGUAGCUGGAGCUGCUAGGAGAUGCUGGGUGGGACCUUGCCCCCGGGGCACGGAGGGCACAGGGCACAGACACCUUGGGUGUCUGCGUGGGGGUUGUUCACGAGGGAUGGGGCUCUGGGCAGAACACACACCGCACCAUUGUGGCAGCCACAGUCCGUCCUGACAGGCGGGGCUCGCGAUGGGCAGAACGCACACGGCACCGUUGUGGCAGUCACAUUCCGUCCUGACACCGCACCAUUGUGGCAGCCACAGUCCGUCCUGACAGGCGGGGCUCGCGAUGGGCAGAACACACACCACACCGUUGUGGCAGUCACAGUCCGUCCUGACACCGCACCAUUGUGGCAGUCACAGUCCGUCCUGACAGGCGGGGCUCGCCAUGGGCAGAACGCACACCGCACCAUUGUGGCAGUCACAGUCCGUCCUGACACCGCACCAUUGUGGCAGCCACAGUCCGUCCUGACAGGCGGGGCUCGCCACCAGCUGGGGCAAGCAGUGGGUGGUUCUUGGCUUUCUCUCACUGUGGCUGAAAUGGCUGUUUUGAGUCAACAGAGUUCUCAAGGUUUCGCUGGCUUUGUGGCCAAGGAGCCGGUAUAUUUGAAGAAUAUUGGGGGCUGAGUGGCUUUCUGGGGUUUGCUUGUGAUGAGGUUCACCAGCCCUUCCUUGUAGACUCCCCCUGCAUCACAGCAGAAAGGGCCCAAUGGGUCCAGAGAGCCCUGAACACCCUGACUCAGCAGGCAGGCCGGCCGCCACCCAGAGGUGGAAGAGUCGCCUGGCACCGUGAUGCCCAUGCGGACGGAGUCUGCCUCCGUGUUGCCUGUCUAACCUCAGCCCUUUCCAGGGCACAGUGAGGCAAAAGCCACACGUCUGUGACGGGUCCAGCUGAUGGGUCCCCAGCACCCACGCCUGGCUGUGGCUAACGUAUAACAUGUCUUACUUUGUUUGGGCUGCUGUAACAAAGAUGCCUUAGACUGGGGAACUCACAAACCACAGAAAUGCAUUUCUCUUAGUUAGAAGCUGGGAAGUCCAAGAUCCAGGUGCCAGCAGGCUUGGGGUCUUGUGAGGGCCUGCUCUUCAUAGUUGGCACUUUCUCACAUCCUUACCUGGCGAGAGAGGCACCUGCACUGCCUCUGUUAUGAGCCCUCAUCUCAUCUGUGAAGGUCCCUACAUGACCUCAUCACCUCCCAGAGGCCCCACCUCUUUAUACUUUUGCACAGAGGCUUAGAUUUCAACAUAGGAAUGGGUGGGGGGCAGGGGGCACACAUUUAGACCGUAGCACCACGAUUAGUGCCCAGACCCACACAGUCAUGGUGGCCAUACGUUAGACACCCCUGCCACUUGCACCCUAUGCCAGAGGAGGUCAGUGGGAAGCUCCGAGCAGGACCGAGAAGGUGAGCACAGACAAGCGCUGUGCGGCUUCUGUCCGAGUGCGCAGGCUGCGCUCCUGCUCUGUUCACGUGAGAGGCCACAGAAAACACUCACAGCAGACCACGUCCCAGGCCCUUCACAUGACAGCUCGCAGAAAACGCGGGCACGCGUUCGGGUGUCAAGCACACUGGUCUCAACAGAUGUGGCUGACACCCAAGGCAGUCAGCCUCAGUACCCGUCACCCACCUAGAACCUGUUCACAGCACAUCAUCCAGGCUGCUGUAGCCUUGACUGGACAUGAUUAUUUAUUCUUACAUACCACGGCUUCUAUACAGGCCAAGAAACAGGCUGCUCAGCCGGGGUCGGGAGAGGGGAGAGGGGGUCUGGCUCCCCGGGGACCUCAGGCUCUGACGAAUCCUGGUCUCAUCCUAGGCCUCCUCUGUCGGGGCAGCCUGGCUCAGCAGAGCCCAGGACACAUGGCUGAGGUCACCCAGGCUCGGCCUUCUUGCCCCUGUUUUGUGCCCCCUACUCAGUUCUUCUGUCCUGGCUCAGGUCUAGGCCAGUCAAGAGGGUGGCUGAGAAGCAGGAGGAGCCUCAGAGACCCUCCCCCUCGAAAGCACUGGGGCCUCCACCUUACAAGUGGCAGGUUUGCCUUGGGAGCUGCUGGUCCAUCGCCCAGGCCUGGCCAGGGGCAGGCGAGGAUCCUGGGUGCUGGUCCAUCGCCCAGGCCUGGCCGGGGGCAGGCGAGCAUCCUGGGUGCUGGUCCAUCGUCCAGGCCUGACGGGGGGCAGGCGAGGAUCCUGGGGCUGUUGUGCAGGGGUUGCCAUCUCCAGCCCUCUGUUGUGGUAGGGGGAGUGUGCUGUGUGCACACCACUGGGCUGCGUCGAAUCCCACCAUGGCCCAGAGCGUGGACCUGUGGCUCCGUAGGGGGCCAGCUGCAGGGACGGGGCUCCCUCAGCGGCCUGGGUCAGUGUCUCCAGUCUAAUGGGUGCCCCUGCCCCUCUCCUGAGUUGCCGUGCAGAGCUCCCCGCAGCACCUCAGCCUUCACCUUUCUCAGCUAAUCAAAAGAUUUCAAAAAAAGCAAACCCAUCAGAACGACUUCCUCCAUGGAGUGUUCAGGAACAAUGAGCGUGCCCAUGGCAGGCACAUAUACCUUCCUCCAGAGAAAGCACCUUUUAUUUCCCGUUCGCUGAGGCUGGUUCAACAGCUUGUUGGCUGUGACAGCCGGUGGUCACCUGUAUUUCGAAGAGACACACAAACACUGCAGCCUUUGAAAGGAUCAGGCCCUCGGGACAGGUCUGUGGUCUUGGCGUCGGCAGGCGUGCGGCGAGGGAGGCGGCGGGUGCUCCAAGGCCCUGCUUUGCUCCCCAGUCCCCACCCGUCUGCCGGGAAGAGACCGAAGACUGGAAUUCCCCCCUGCCCUCUGUGCGCAGUUCUUCCCUCGCUCCCCUCUGGUAUGUGACCUCGUUGCUGCAGUCCUGUUAGGGAUACCCAGGACUGGGCCGGGAGUGCCCCUCACAGUCCCAGCCUCCGUCCUGUCUGUGGCUGGACUGUGGAGUGUGCAUCAUUCUGAGGAGAAGGCUGGAUUAUCUUGCUCUGUCCUGGGAGCAGGUGUUGAACUGCACACACUUGUGCAUAGUGUCAGCCCUGCCCCCAUCGCUGGCAGCUGACACCAAGCAGAACUGGCUUGCGUACCCUUGAAAUCCAUCCUGUUCAAGCUAUACCUGCCACUGGAGAAGGCCCCAGGCUGCCUCCUGCCCCAGGCCAGGCCCUACACAGAGGGAGCACUUGGUGGGCGGAGAAGCUUUUGUGCAGCCUACUCUUUCUCUGGGGCCUCAAAGGGCCAGCAAGGCAGGCAGGGAGCUGGUGAGCACUAGAACCUGGAGCUUGGCCUCUCAGCAGCUCAGACCCCCCAGGCCCCAGCACCUGUGGAGGGCACGGGACCACUCCUUUCUAGAGGCUCGGCGUCUCCAGGUGAGGCCGAGAACUCAUGUUUCCCCAGCUCCCUGCCUGACUCUAUUACGCACGAGGCUCAGGACUUCAGCUCGGCCCCUUCUCGCCUGUCUCCCACUCUGGUUGUGGAGAGUGGGGUAGAGUGGGCAUCGUGUCACCCUGCCUGGCGGUACAGCCUGGCGUGUCCUCCGAGUCAGAUCUCUUCUCAAGGGGAGCAUCACGAGGCGUCAGUUAUGUUUGCAUAGAGGUCCUGCCUGAAAAACAUCAUUGAUUUCACCACCAUUAUAGGGCGUUUGGGUUGCUGUCUUCUUUUCUGUUUAACAGUAUGUUGCCGAAGUUUUACACACAUCUUAGAAUGUUUUCUUAACAGAAAAAUCCGAGUAGUGAAAUUACCUGAUCAAGGAAUUGGAUACAUUUUUCCCAGGUUGCGCUUCAGAAAGGCUGUGGACAAAGUGUUAGGAGCAUUUCUGUUUCACUGCAGCUCCCCAGAACUGGGCCUGCAUCAAAUUUGUGUGCUUUGCUGAGUUAGUAGGUGAAUAAUGGAAUUGAGCGUGUCUUUAUGAGCACAGAGCACUCGUUGGCCGGAGAUGCAUCUUCAUGAGUGCGUUGCUCAUGGCCCCUGUCCUUGCCUGGAUGGGAGGAACCCGGGACUUGAUUGGUCUUGCCACAGCCUGGUGGUCCAGUCGCUUUGUGGGGUGUGCAGUCCUGGGGCUCCGGGAGGGGAGUAACCCUUAGUAACCUGUGUGUCUGCCC